CAUUCACAGAAAAUACAAUAUGAUUGUUUUCUAAACCUACGUCCACUUUGGUCACAAAGUCUUCAUUUCGUGAUUAAGUCCCUUCAAAAGAACAUAAUAAUACUGUCAUAUGUUUCAAUCAAAAUAAAAUUUAGACCCUUUCUUCCUCUAUCUCUCCAUCUUUCUUUAUCAGUCUGAAACAAUUUAAGUUUCACUUUUGUAAAAUUGAAACUUUUCUCAAAUUACUUAUACUUCAGGGGAAUUUACUACUGCAAAUAUACUAUUACAAGAACUUGGUGAUAUAUAAACCAUACACUCAAAACACCAAACAGAUAAAAAAUGGAGGCACCAAAAAAUGAAGAAAAACCUCCAUUUUUUAUACCUUCAAAGAGCAGCAACAUGAUUAAACCAUCAAACUCCAUAGACGCUCAAAAGAGAGAUGUCCUAUUUUCCACAAAAUUAGCAGUAUAUCAAGAACAGAGAAAUAACAAGCUAUCAGAUCUUAGUUUGGAUCUUAGCUUAUGCAGCAAUGAUUUUGAUGAAGAAACAUAUAAUUCACGAGUACUACAAGAUAAUUUUAUCGAAGAUAAUGAUGGAUACACCAUUCAAAAUUCCGAUAAAACUCUUGAGUUUCAGUUAGAUACAAACAAAGAAGGUGAAGAACCAAGAGUUUUCUCAUGUAACUAUUGUCAGAGGAAAUUUUAUAGCUCUCAAGCUCUUGGAGGCCAUCAAAACGCUCAUAAAAGAGAAAGAACACUAGCGAAACACAGCCUAAAGAUGGCUUCAUCUUCAUCAACUAGUAUCAAUACCCGUAUCAGUAGUACAACAUUUGGAUUUGGUAAUCAUUUUUAUAAGAAUAGAUCGUUAUUAGCUUCAUCUCCAUACACUAAUAACAAUAGUAUCAAUAUUUCUGGCUUGCCUCUUUAUGGCUUAUAUCAUAAACAUAGUCAUAGUAAGCCUCUAGGACUACAAGCUCACUCUUUGAUACAUAAACCAUCUUAUUAUGGAGCGUCAAGGCCAAUGGUUCCUGCUAUCAUUAUAGAUCAGCAACCUGCUAUCGGAUGCCUCGAAUUCGCAACCAAUUCAGCUACAUCAUCGUCAUCUUCAAUCGUUGCGGAGGUUGCAAGGUUUGAUAAUACUAUUCUUCAAAGAAACAAUGGUGUCAAUGUUCUUAACAAUAGUAGUCAUAAACAAGAUCAUGAUCAAUUUCAUAAGCUUGACUUAUCUCUCAAGCUUUGAUGCUUAAGUCUUAGCUAGAAAUAAUCUUUCUUUUCGUUUGCUGUUCUAAUCAACUUUUGUUUGGUUAGAAAUUCUUUCAUACGUUUUAUAGUACUUUUUUUGAAAAAUAUAUAUACUUAUUAUAGGUAAAUAUUUAAGCUCAUUUAUUACCCCUUAAUAUAUGUCAAUAUUGAUUAA